CGGCCAAUCAGCAGCGCUGCGCGGACCCGGAAGAGCUCAGUUAGCGGGGAGCCACUAUGGCGGCUGGUGCUGCUGGGACCGCGCUCGUCCUGUUCAUCCUCAGCGCUGCCGCCGGCCCCGCCCGGGGCUGGGCCCAGCCGGGCAGGGUUCUGCUGAGGGAGGUGCAGGCGCUCACUCUGCACCGGGGUCAGUACACCACGUCCCGGCGCACGGCAGCCGUCCCGCAGUUGCAAUGCACCGGAGGCAGCGCUGGGUGCUCCCGCGUCCCUGAGGUUGUGCAGUGUUACAACAAAGGCUGGGAUGGGUACGACGUGCAAUGGCAGUGCAAAGCAGACUUGGAGAACUCCUAUCGUUUUGGACAAAUUGAAGUGAGCUGUGAAGGCUAUGAUUAUCCAGAUGAUCCUUACAUCUUAAGAGGAUCCUGUAGUUUGCUGUUCAGGUUAGAGCUGACUGAGGAAGCUGAAAGGAAAGUGAAGAACUCUGAAAGCUUCGGUUCUGGCUUUUAUCAGUCAAGGAAGGAUUCUUCUGAUUCUGGUGCUGGAGCAAUUGUUAUAAUUGUUAUUCUGGUUCUUGCUUUUGGAAUAUACAAGCUUUUCCUCAGUAACCAGCAGCCUCAGCAGACAUUUGGUGACGGUGAUGGAUUCGCUCGUCCGUCCUGGCAGAAUCAUCAGGCACCUCCUCCUCCUGGUUUUAAGCCCAGCUUCACAGGAGGUGACAGAUCUGGGACUUGGUCCAGUCAUGAAAACAAUUCAGGACCAGGAUUUUGGACUGGAUUAGGAGCAGGAGGCUUGCUAGGCUACUUGGCUGGCAGUCACAGCAGAGCACAGUCACGAUCACAUUGCAGUAUGUGGACAGAUCCCUCAGCUGCACCUCCCAUGUAUGGGCAGUCAAGCAAUUCUACACAAGGUAGCAGUACAGGAACAAGAACUGCUUCUGGCUUUGGGAGUACAAAACGAAGAUGAAAUCCUUGACAUUGCUACAUCUAAGUUAUUGAACUAAAUUGUCUUCCUCUGUACUAGCCCCUUUUUAAUAGCAGUAGGCUUCAGUUUGGAGAGAGGUCUAAAGAACUAGACAACGAAUCCAUCUUUCCCAUGUGGAAAUGUGGACCUUCACUCUGGUUUAGGGUAUUGCAGGUGCUGGAACAUCCACUGUUUCACCACAAUGGCUUUUUCUCAUAAGAUACAAAUUAAACUCAUCCAUGUUGAGAAGAA